AUGUCAGGCAACACCCUUAGAGGAACGCCCAAUCGCGGCCAGGCUCGUGGAGGCAUCCCCUUCAACAACAGCCCCUCCGGCUCUGCCGCUCCUCAUGGGAGCCAUGCCGCCGCCGCCCAGCAUCCCGCCUCCUCUGGCAUCCCGCGCCCCGUCCUCGAUACCCAGCCUACCCAGAGCGAAGUCAGUGGAGCGGGUGUCAGUGCCAGUCGUCAAAAGCAGUCCAAGAGAGAUGAGACACACUCCUGCCCUCCCUGCUCCUGCACCGCCGUUCCUCUCUCCAUGUCCGUCAUUGUCGAGCCUCGCUCCGCCCCCUCGCCUCGACCUCCCCGGACAGGCGCACAUCGGAGAGAGAGAGACGCAAUGGGAAACCUCACCUACCAGGAGCUCGAGCGAGCCAGGCUGCUAAACAGAAUGGAUACUGACUACUACGUCAAGGCCAUCCGCAAGAAGAUGGAGAGCGAUCUCUCCAAGAAGAAGCACCUCACGAGCCGAGCCCGCCACUCGCGCAAGGCCCCGCCCGGCACCGUCCUCGCCCUGAAGCCGAGUCCUGCCCUCCAGAUCAAGCCCGCAACCACCGUCGCCGAGGCUGCUCAGUUGAUGGCCGCGAAGCGCGAGGACUGCGUGCUCGUCACCGACGAUGACGACCGCAUCGCCGGUAUCUUCACCGCCAAGGAUCUCGCCUUCCGCGUCGUUGGCGCUGGCCAGAAGCCGAACCACAUCACCAUCGCCGAGAUCAUGACCAAGAACCCCCUCUGCGCCCGCACCGAUACCAGCGCCACCGACGCCCUCGACCUCAUGGUCCGCAAGGGUUUCCGUCACUUGCCCGUCAUGGACGAGAACCAGGAUAUUUCGGGUAUUCUCGACAUCACCAAGUGCUUCUACGAUGCCAUGGAGAAGCUGGAGCGCGCCUACUCCUCCUCGAGAAGGCUGUACGACGCCCUCGAGGGUGUCCAGUCCGAGCUCGGCACUAGCCAGCCCCAGCAGAUCAUCCAGUACGUCGAGGCUCUCCGCCACAAGAUGUCUGGCCCGACCCUCGAGUCUGUCCUCGACGGACGUCCCCCGACCACCGUCAGCGUGCGCACCUCGGUCAAGGAGGCUGCUCAGCAGAUGAAGGAGAACCGCACGACGGCCGUCCUUGUCCAGGACCAGGGAGCUAUUACCGGUAUCUUCACCAGCAAGGACGUUGUCCUUCGUGUCAUUGCCCCCGGUCUCGACCCCGCCACCUGCAGUGUCGUCCGUGUUAUGACGCCUCAUCCCGACUUUGCUCCCAUGGACAUGAGCAUCCAGGCCGCUCUGCGCAAGAUGCACGACGGCCACUACCUCAACCUCCCCGUCAUGACCUCCGACGGCGGCGAGAUCGUCGGCAUGGUCGAUGUCCUCAAGCUGACAUAUGCGACACUUGAGCAAAUCAACACCAUGUCCACCGCCGACAGUGAAGGACCCGCGUGGAACAAGUUCUGGCUUUCGCUCGAUGACGGCACGGAAUCCAUGAUGUCCGGCGAGGGUAGCCACACCCACCACACGAACCUUGGUUCUCGCAUCAUGUCUCCCGACCUCACCCGUGAGCGCAUCGGCGACAGCGUUGCUCCCGGCGACUCGGCGUCGCAUGUCGGUGUCGAUUCCCCGCCUCAAUCCGAAAUGACCGGCCACAGCCCGAUUCAUCAGUCUCCCGCUGAGCUGCCUUUCCCUUUCAAGUUCAAGGCUCCGUCUGGACGCGUGCACCGCCUGCAGGUCAUUGCUUCUCAGGGCAUCGGCGCCAUGGUAACCAAUGUUAUCUCCAAGCUCGGGCAUGAGGUGGAUGCCAUUGGCGGAGCCCCCGACAUUGAUGAGGGCAGAAUUUCUGGCGGUUUCGCGCUCAGCUACCUCGACGACGAGGGCGACGAGGUCUCCAUCACAACAGACAACGACCUUCUCGAGUCUAUUCUUCUCGCCCGUCAGGGUCGCAGAGAAAAGGUCGACCUUUUCGUGCACGACCCCGAGAAGCCUCCCGUCGGUGCUGGUCUGACUGUCGAGCCGAUUGCCCUCCCAACGCCCCCCAUCUCCGCCACCCCCGACCUGCGCCACAGGAGGAGAUACGACGACGAGGACGAUGAUGCUGAGGAUGAGGAUGACGACAUUCCUCGCUCGAGGAGAUCACGCCGCCAUAGGGCCGCGGCGCACGAGCCUGAGCAGGUCAUCCAGGGCGUGCCCAACGAGCUGCUGCUCCCCGGUGCGAUUGUGACGUUGGCGGUUGUUAUUGUCGGAGUCUUCACCAUUUCGCGCAUUACCACCAUGAUUGUGAGGAGCAUAGCCGCCCGGCAAGGCCGGAAAGCCCUCGCGGCACCCAUCGUCUCGACAUGCCGCCGCGGCAUCCAAACCGAGUCCCUCGUCGGCGAGUUCACCCCGGAGCAGCUCGAGGCCUUCACCACGCACGCCGCGCUCCGCGCCGGCGGCGAAGCCUCCAAGGGCCGGUACCCGCAGCACGUCCGCGAGGCCCUCAAGCCGCUACGCUCGACAGCCUCGCAGUGGAAGAAGUUCAAGGCCGCGCAGAAGGCGACGGACGGCAUCGGCUCGUCGGUCGGGCGCACGUACGUGCCCUCGGAGCUGAUCAAGAACCCGCCGAGCCUGCGCGACGUCACGCUCGAGCUGCUGAUGGCGAGCCAGACGCACAUGGGCCACCACACCUCGCUGUGGAACCCGGCGAACGCGCGGUACAUUUAUGGUGCGCGGCAGGGGGUGCAUCUGAUUAGUCUGGAGGUCACGGCGGCGCAUUUGAGGCGGGCGGCGAGGCUGGUGGAGGAGGUGGCGUACCGCGGGGGUCUGAUUUUGUUUGUGGGCACGCGCAACGGGCAGAUGGAGAUUGUGACGCGGGCGGCGCAGCUGGCGGGCGGGUGCCAUUUGUUCACCAAGUGGACGCCGGGCAACGUGACGAACCGGGAUCUGAUCAACCGCGGCAAGGAGAUCAAGGUGGUGGACGGCAAGGACAAGAAGAUGAAGGGGUUCGAGCGGUUCGAGCGCACGGCGCGGCCGCUGCUGCCGGAUCUGGUGGUGUCGCUGAACCCGGUGGAGAACUACACGAUGCUGUACGAGUGCGGGCUGGCGAAUAUCCCGACGGUGGGCAUUAUCGACACGAACGCGAACCCGGACUGGGUUACGUACACGAUCCCGGCGAACGAUGACAGCUACCGCUCCGUCGCCGUCAUCGCAGGCGUGCUCGGCCGCGCGGGCCAGCAGGGCCAGAAGCGCCGCCUCGAGGCUGCGAACAACGGCACGAUCUCGUGGGAGGUUCCGACGCCGGUGAUGAAGUACAUCAAGGACGCGAGGAAGGCGUACGAGAAGGAGGUGGUGAAGCAGCAGAAGGCGGGCGUGUACGUCGCGAACAGCAGCGACGCGGCGGCCCCUGGUGCCGGCGCUGGCGGUGCUGCCGGAGCUGCCGGAGCUGCUGGUGGCGAUGGGGCGGUGACGUUGAAGAAGAUGGUGGAGGCGCAGCGGGAGCAGGCCAUGAUGGCGGAGGGGGCGUUGAACGAGCAAUUGAGGAAGGCGCUGUUGGAGCAGGAGUGA